GUCAUUCAGGAGAUUCCUAGAAAAAAGAAACAGACGCUGGCAUUAUCAAGUCAUUUCAUCUUCCACUCUAUAGAUAUUAUUAUCUCACUAAAUUAUUAAAAGUUUGGUGACCCUGCUGAACGCAUCGAUGCAAUCCAACUUGAAAUAAAGGAUAAAAGAAGUAAAUACGUCGUAGAAUUAUACAAUGGCACCAGUCCCAUACGCAUUCAUAGUUUGUUUCGCAAUUCUUAGAGUAAUAACGCCUUCAGUUGUUCCUGGUUGUUUGACAUGGGUAAUCGACAACAAUCAUCUAAAACUUAUUUGUCGAAUUCAAAAUUCUGAAUCUGCGGUAUCCUUUAAAGAUGGAUUAGGUCAGGAACAAGCAAAAUGCGUUUUCAAAGACGAUGCCUUACGCUGUGUUCCUGUUAACAAAAUUGGAAAUAUAAUGUUUCAUUCAAGAACAAAGGAAAUCAGUUUAACGCUACCGGCAAUACACAAAGAUUUAAUAGACGGACAAUGGACAUGUUCUCAAGGGGAACAUGAAUUCAAGACUAACGUUACACUAGAAAAAGGUAUAAUUUCUGCUACAGAUAUCAUUUUAUCUGCAAAUGUAGAUAAGUCGGAUAUAAAGCUUACAUGUUUUUCUUGCCGCGAACCGCUUGAAAACCACGUAGAAUUUAUGGCUGAUUUCCGAACUAUAGAUGAAGUUUUCUACAGUCAAGCACAUAAUCAGUGCAUGCAUAGUGGUGUCUUGUGUCAACCAGGCCUGUGUAGUUGCUCUGCAUCCGGGAACGAAUUUAGUAUGAUUUGGCAUAAUAUAAACAAUAGGAGCGGAAUACAUUUUUCUUGUGAAAUGAACUAUUCUGAUCGCAAACUAUCAUCAAAAUUUUCAAAAAUGGCAACAAUCUUUUUCAAUGGAAAAGAUUUUUACACAAACAAAACAAAAACAACAAUCAAGAAGUUGGCUAGAAAUAACAGUGCCGUGGAAGAAAUUCAAAUAGAUAACGUGACAGGAACUCACACUAAAGAAGGGCAUGAUUCACAUACAAACUUCAAUGUGACCAUACAACAUGAAGAGGACCAUAUCUCAGAUAGUAUUGGUAGAUGGAUUGGAAUUUCUAUUGCGAUUGGCAUAUCAUUAGCUAUUGUUGUAGCAUGUCUUAUUUGUUUUGGAAGAUCUGAAAUGUCUAAAAUCAAGAUGGCCCUGUUUAAAAAAGGUUGCGGAGAAACUUUUACACAGAGUACAUCGUUAAAAGAAACGACACCGUAUAAAGAAAGUUGUAGAACUGAACUUAGCAAAAACAUCCCGAAAGGUAAAAUCAUAACAAAAGUAGCAUUAGACAAUGAGCGUUCCAUAGAAGAAACGUUUCCCUUGAUAUGCCAAUCAGAAUCGCAUUCAAGGAUUGAAGUUCAGAGAGAUUGUAUUGACGCAUCGACAAUGACAGAUGAAUAUAAACAUACAUGUAAUAUAGAGCAAAAGACUAAUAGCAACGCAUGUGAACAGACAGAAGAAAAUGAGCAAAAGACUUAUAGCAACAAAUGUGCACAGACAGAGGAAAGUGAGAAAAAGACUUAUAGCAACAAAUGUAAUCAGACAGAAUUCGAAGAAAGUGAUAGACAAGCCCAAACUCCAGUUACGUCGAUGACUGGGCCGUAUAUAUUAAACUCCUUUCCUCGUACUUUUGACUUAAACGAUUUAUUACCAGAAAUGGCUGUCUUAGACAUCCUAAAAAUGGGCGAAAGAUUAGUGAUAACUGGCUGUAGUAAAGGUGAAAAUAAACUUUUUGUUAUUAAUACAUCAGACAGUAGUUACCUUUGUCAUACCCUGCGGCAUUCCAAUCCAUGGAAAAUAACUGAAGUGGAUGUUCUUGGUGCCGACAUGGUAGCUUUGUCUUAUCCGAAAUCCCACACAAUAGAAAUAAUAAACAUAUCAACAGGAGAAGUCGAAAAUGUAAUUCACGUAAGUGGUCGAUGUUAUGCUCUAUCACAGAGUGGAGAAAACCUAUGUUUAAUAGUUGAAAGAAGCAUUCAAAUAGUGAACCUUCAUGACGGAAGUGUCAUCGACUCACAUUGUUUGCCUUCGGAUGGAGUGGAUUAUAUUUGCCCAUACAAAGAUGGGAUCUUAUUUACCUACAUUAAUGCGCUGUACUAUUGUGACUAUAAAGGCGCCAUACAUUGGGAAUUUAAGAAUGAACACAUUAUGUUUUUAUCUGAUGUUGCGACAGAUAGUCGCGGCUAUAUUUAUGUCACAACGGCCAAACCUUAUGACAUAAUACUUAUUUCAUCCGAUGGCAAAGAACAUCAAACAUUUUUGCAAGGAGACGCGCUAAUGAAAAUCCAUUUCGAUAUGCGAAACAAUUGUCUUCUUGUAUUUAAAAGGUUAAACAAUGUUGUCUCAUUGUUUGAUAUAAAUUUUAAAACAAUGACCAAGUAACUAAAUACUUAAUUGAAAUAAUUUCUAUAUGAGAAUAAAGGCAAUAUAUAUAUUAUAUAUAUAUAUACGUCUGAACCAGUGAAAAUUCUACAACAGAUUUAUCCAUCGGAUCACCAGCAGUGAUGGUGAUACAUGGCUGUGUACAUUCUGUAUAUACAACUCGUCUAAAUAUCAUCCUAACAAUGUAAGAUCUGUAAAUUUGCUUUCGCAAAUAUUUUGUUCUUCCGUCGCCGGGAUUCGAACUCAUGCUACUGAGAUAUCGUGACACCAAAUCGCCUGCACUGUAUCCGAAGCGCUAGACCACGCUAAACCACGAGUUGUAUAUAUAUAUUUAUAUACAAGUCUAAAUUGAAAACAACGUUCAAACCUAUGAUUGCGUUGGAUAAAAGCCGCAAUUUUUAUACGUGUGCAUGUAAAACAAAUUUUGUGGUAGAGUGGUCUAAAUACAGCACAAACAACAUUUUCCAAAAGACCAAAAAGUGAAAAAGUAUAUUUUAACAAAACGCAUUUGACUUACAGGUCGAACAACUGAUGUUCUUAAACCCUGCUGACUGCCAUUGGCGAUUUCUAAAUAAAUUGAUCACCAGAUAUAAAAAAAAUGGAUCUUACAUAUUUAUUUAAUACCAAACAGAAAACAACAAACUUGCAGAAAAGACGGUAUACCGCAAACAUGAGGUGUAAAAAUUUGUACACCAUAUCCGGAUUUUGACAAUUAAUGUCUCUUCAGUGAUGUUAGGGAUCGAAACGGUAUUUGGAAGGCCAUAUAAUUUACCUCAAUUUAGGACAGACUCUUGAAUUUUAAAGAGUCGAAAUAGGAUGAACGGAUCAUAUAAACCCGAAGGAAAAUAUAAUACAAGCUCAAACGAAAAAAAUAUAAACAAGUCUAAAUUGAAAACAACGUUCAAAUCUAUAUAUAUAUAUAUAUAUAUAUAUAUAUUAUAUUUUUUUUUUUGUGAUUAUGUUCAUAGAUAUACAUAGACUUGAUUAAUGUGUAAUGCAAAUUGCUGAUUUGUAGCUUUUACAUGUGUUUCAAAUAUAAAUGAUAUUUAAUUGUAA